AGACACGAAGGGAGAAUGCAUUUGCCACUGCUGUGUAGUUUAUGGCUUUUUGCUUCCUCUUCUUCAAGCAUUGUGUACUCAAAGAACGAAAAUUUAAAUGAAGGUAGUUACUUAGUCGAUUGGGAGUACGAAAACAAUACAGAAACCUUUUAUUUUAAAGUGAGGGUAAAAGCUACAGGCUGGAUUGGAUUUGGCGUAUCGAGAUUGUUGUGGCCCGACAACGAAAUCUUAGCGUGGAAUUACAAUUCCAUGCGGUAUUACGAUGUUCUUGUUGGCGGUGUUGACGGUAGUGGAAAUAUGUAUUUCAAGGAUCUUAUGACAAAUGGACAUAUGCUUCCAAAAGAAGAUGAACACCAAGACUGGAGUAUCACAAAUAUUACUGAAAGUAACGGUACUACAACAAUGGAAUUCUCUCGGAAGAAAAAUACAGGUGAUGCUGUAGGUGACAAUGUCAUUGAGCCUGGUUGGAGAAGAGAGAGAGAGAGAGACCAUGACAGUGAUGAUUAUGAUACAUCUAGGAGCACUUAG